AUGCGCUCCAGCUCUCUUCCCCAAUUCAACUCACUCGUUGAGUCUCAGUCCGCCACGAACCUAUCCUCACAGACGCGAUUCAUUCGAAAUAAGUCUGGCCAGCUUAUCAAACCAUCGCUCAAGCACGCGAAGCUUCCCAGCCUGACAAUUCCAACGGGCGGCGUGAUUGUGCAGAGUGAGCCCACGACGCCUACCCUUUCGAAGGCGGUGCACUUCGAUGCCAAGCUUGAGCAUGUCAAACUGUUUCUCUCGAAGCAAAAGCCUCUCGCAGUGUCGCGGGAUCGUGACCUAGCCACCGAUACCAGUGGUACAGAGAGUGAUUUACCCUCAUUCAUCCGUGGUUCACCAGACGACUUCGCCGAGAAACAGAUUGAGCUUCAAAUUCGCAACAUGCCGUCCACCCCGUUAAAAGAUGCGGAUGUGGUACUGCAAGGACUCACUUUAUCCCAACACGAUAAGACCAUCACUGGGCGAGUUCGAGUGCGCAAUAUUGCCUUCGAAAAAUGGGUUGCUGCCCGGUUCACCCUGGAUUUGUGGCAGACGACGAGCGAAGUUACCGCCCACUAUGUGGAAUCCGUGAACGGUGGCACGUUUGACAUUUUCAUGUUCACGAUAAGAUUGCAUGACAUGUGGUUGCGUAUCGAGGAGAAGACGAUGUUUAUUGCCUUGCGGUAUACUACCGCAGGCUUGCAGUUCUGGGACAACAACAACGGCGCCAAUUACAUGCUCAAGUUCGUCGGGAAGCUUGUGCCGCGCAAGGCACCCGUUGUCGCAGGGUUUCCCUUUGGGACUUCGGGGCUAAAAGUCGAGUCGGCAAGAGUGGAUACGAAUUCUCCUCAGGCUUCUCCUUCACCGCGCUCUUUCUUGCCAUUGAUGCCAGAAAUGCCUAUGCCAGCGAGGUACAAUUUAGGCUCUGCGCGUAACGUAGCUCAAGACGGGGGCCUUCCUUCCCUGUCGUCUCCAGCUGUACGGACCCCCACAUAUCCCACAGAGCUCUCCAGUGCUUGGCCGAAGAACACUUCUUAUCGCGUUGAUAAGAUGCCGUCACGUCAUACUCGAUCCGUUACUAUAGGAUCAUCUAGGGAUCUGGAGAAGCACGAGCAGGCGCACCUUGCGCAGUCGGAAUCUCUAAACCUAGAUCCUCCCCUUUCACGCGCAGCACGCGAACGCAACCAUCAUCGCGGCUAUUUAGACAGAUCAAUGGGUGGCACACCGCGUAAAACCCUUCCAGGUCCUGCUCUUCUGAGUCCCUUCAAGGAGCAGACCCCUACUCGCAGCAGUGAUCCCGCGCAAGGACAGCCAUCCCUCUUUAGCAGGUUUACUGCUCAGAGUAUGGCUCGGAUGAAUAGCGCGAGCUCCACUGGGUCUGACUCGAGUUCCCUGGCUACUCCGCUUACGUCUGCGGGGCCCAGCACACCCAUUUCUUCUGACGACAAGCCUUCUAUUAAUGACAAUUAUAGCCAAUUUCUUAACCGAUUCUGCUUCUUCACCGGCUCUGGCUCACUGACAGACUACUCCCCUGAUUCAAUCCCCCGUUCGCAAUCGGCAUCCAAUGUAGAAGCGUUAUUGUGCUCUUCUCCUCACGAAUUAUCUUCUCCCUUGCGCGAUAAUGCUUUCAAUGGCCCCCGCUCUUGUAGCUUGGAUAGCGUCUCUACCUGCCAAAGUGGCACGACUACUCCACGCGGGAAUUCAAUGCUCGAUUGCCCCACGCCAGUGGUCCACUGUGAGUGUCUUCUCCGAGAGACCGGCUGGCAUCACACUCACUCCCCCACAGAACUUAUAAUCCUAUAG